CAUCCCGUCAACAAGCCGUACAAUGAGAGCACGCCGGCCUCGGAGCUGUUUGCGGAUUCCGGGGCUUGCAUGCUGACGCACGAGCAGGCCGAAGACCCUCUAUAUGUCAAGGGCGAACAAGUCCGCAGAGAACUGACUGAGGGCGAGAACGGCGUCAAGAUGACCGUCGGCAUCCAGGUCGUGGACGUCAGAACUUGCGAGCCCAUCGCCAACGCUGCCAAGACGUUUUGGACGUUUGCGAAUGGGCUCCAGGGCGUCUACGGAGGUGGCCUCAACUACCCCAGCAACGGCAACCCCAACGACCUGUUCCUCAUAAACACCACCGCCCUUAGCGGAGUCCAGUUCAUCGACAACGAGGGCACGACUACAUUCGACACCGUCGUUCCGGGUCACUACGUGGGAAGGACCAACCACGUUCACGCAAUCGCCCACAUCGGCGCCGCUAAACAGCCCAACAACACCAUCACCGGCGGCAGGGUCGCGCAUAUCGGCCAGAUGUACUUUGACCAGAAGCUCCUGAACGCCAUCGAGGAGCUGCCGCCGUACUCGAUCAACCACCAGGCCGUCACACGGAACGCGCAGGACAGGCUGAUGAUGGCGUCCUCCGGCGCGGAAGACCCGGUCGUGCGCUACGCCCUGGUCGGCCGCGCCCUGGCCGACGAAAUACACGCCGGGAUCCGCUUCGGCGUUGACGCCGGCGCCGACCACACGCUGAACCCGGCCGCGUGGAUCAACGAGAACGGCGGGCACUAG